GGUUGAGCAGGGCGCACAGGGCGCUGCAGAGGCGGCUCGGGAAGGGCAGGGCAGGGCGCCAGUGCGUGCACGGCAGGGCGCUGGCGCGUUGGCAGUGCAGGGCGCUGGCGCGGGCAGCAGCGCGCACGAGCAGGGUGGCGCUGGGCAGCGAGUGCAGGCCCGCGGCGGGCGCAAAACGCAGGCACGGCGGGCGCAAGGGGCGGGCCCGCGGCGGGCGUAG